AUGCUAUCUGGGGGGCCCGACCUCCAGGAGGACACCAACCUAAAGCCUGUGGGCACCCCCACCUUGCAGGGGCUGUGUGGUCAUACCACUACCACCACUACAUCGACAGUAACAUCAACUGUGGCCACCAUUCCCUCAAAUACAUCGACAGUCAGUUCAAGCGAUGCCACCACUCCCUCAACUACAUCAACAGUCACUUCAAGCGAUGCCACCGCUCCUUCAACAUUCACUUCAAGUGAUGCCACCACUGCUACACCAACAGUAGCUUCAACUGCAGCCACCAUUCCCUCAACUACAUCGACAGUCACUUCAGAUGACACUACAUCAACACCCACUUCAAGUGAUGCCACAACUACUACACUGACAUUAACAGUCAUUUCAAGCGAUUCCACCACUCCCUCAUCUACAUCAAUAGUCACUUCUCGUGAUGCCACAGCUACUACAUCAACAUCAGCAUUCACUUCAGGUGAUGCCACCUCUCGCUCGACAUCAAUGUUCACUUCAAGUGAUGCCACCUCUCACUCAACUACAUCGACAGUCACUUCAGAUGAUACCACAUCAACACCCACUUCAAGUGAUGCCACCACACCCUCAAGUACAUUGACAGUCAGUUCAAGUGUUGCCACCACUCUGUCAACAGUCACUUCAGGUGAUGCCACCACUACUACACCGACAGUAACAUUAACUGUGGACAGAAUUCCCUCAACUACGUCGACAGUCAGGUCAACUGAUGCCACCACUGCAUCAACAGUCACUUCAAUCUCUUCAAGUGAUGCCACCACUACUACAUCAACAUCAGCAGUCUCUUCAAGUGAUGCCACCACUCCCUCAACUGAAUCGACAUCAACUUCAAAUGAUGCCACCACUCCCUCAUCUACAUCGGCAGUGACUUCAAGCGAUAACACUGUUCCGUCAACAUUCACUUCAAGUGUCACUUCGGACGAUACUCCAUCAACACCCACUUCAAGUGAUGCCACCACACCCUCAAGUACAUUGACAGUCAGUUCAAGUGUUGCCACCACUCUGUCAACAGUCACUUCAAGUGAUGCCACCUCUUUCUCAACUACAUCAACGGUCACUUCAGGUGAUGCCACCACUACUACACCAAGAGUAACUUCAAAUGCUGCCAUCAUUCCCUCAACUACGUCGACAGUCAGGUCAAGUGAUGCCACCACUCCCUCAAGUACAUCGACAGUCAGUUCCAGUGAUGCCACCUCUUCCUCAACUACAUCAACUUUAACUUCAAGUGAUACCACCACUACUACACCGACAGUAACAUUAACUGUGGAAAAAAAUCCCUCAACUACGUUGACAGUCAGGUCAAGUGAUGCCACCACUGCCUCAACAGUCACUUCAAGUUUUGCCAUCACUCCCUCAACUACACUGAUAGUAACUUCAGAAAAUGCCACAUGGACACCCACUUCAGGUGAUGCAACCUCUUCCUCAACUACAUCAACAUUCACUUCAAGUGAUGCCACCUCUCCCUCAACUACAUUGACUUUCACUUCAAGUGUUACCACCACUACUACACCGACAGAAAUAUUAACUGUGGCCACAAUUCCUUCAACUACAUUGACAGUCACUUCAAGUGAUGAAACCACUGCUUCAACAGUCACUCCAAGUGAUGCCACCAAUCCCUCAACUACAUCAACAUCAAAUUCAAGUGGUGCCACCACUCACUCAACAGUAGCUUCAAGUGAUGCCACCGCUACUGCAUCAACAUCAGCAGUCUCUUCAAGUGAUGCCACCACUCCUUCUACAGUCACUUCAAGCAAUCCCACCACUCCCUCAACAGUCACUUCAAGUGAUGCCACCUCUCCCUCGACAUCAAUCUUCACUUCAAGUGAUGCCAACUCUCACUCAACUACAUCGAUAGUCACUUCAGACGAUACUACAUCAACAACCACUUCAAAUGUUGCCACCACUGCCUCAACAGUCACUUCAAGUGAUUGCAGCACUCCCUCAACAGUCUCUUCAAGCGAUGCCACCUCUUUCUCAACUACAUCAACGGUCACUUCAGGUGAUGCCACCACUACUACACCAAGAGUAACUUCAAAUGCUGCCAUCAUUCCCUCAACUACAUCAGCAGUCUCUUCAAGUGAUGCCACCACUCCCUCAAGUACAUCGACAGUCAGUUCCAGUGAUGCAACCUCUUCCUCAACUACAUCAACUCUAACUUCAAGUGGUGCCACCACUCCCUCAACAGUCACUUCAAGUGUUACCACCACUACUACACCGACAGAAAUAUUAACUGUGGCCACAAUUCCUUCAACUACAUUGACAGUCACUUCAAGUGAUGAAACCACUGCUUCAACAGUCACUCCAAGUGACGCCACCAAUCCCUCAACUACAUCAACAUCAAAUUCAAGUGGUGCCACCACUCACUCAACAGUAGCUUCAAGUGGUGCCACCGCUACUGCAUCAACAUCAGCAGUCUCUUCAAGUGAUGCCACCACUCCUUCUACAGAAACCACAUCAAGUCAUGUCACCACUCCCUCAUCUACAUCAAUAGUUACUUCAAGUGAUGCCACCACUACUACAUCAAGAUCAGCAGUCACUUCAAGUGAUAACACUGUUCCUUCAACAUUCACUUCAAUCACUUCAAGUGAUGGCAGCACUCCCUCAACAGUCUCUUCAAGUGAUGCCACCACAACUACAUCAACAUCAGCAGUCUCUUCAAGUGAUGCCACCACUCCCUCAACUGAAUCGACAUCAACUUCAAAUGAUGCCACCACUCCCUCAUCUACAUCAGCAGUGACUUCAAGCGAUAACACUGUUCCGUCAACAUUCACUUCAAGUGUAGCUUCAAGUGAUGACACCGCUACUGCAUCAACAUCAGCAGUCUCUUCAAGUGUUGCCACCUCUUCCUCGACAUCAAUCUUCACUUCAAGUGAUGCCACCACUCCUUCUACAUUCACUUCAAGCAAUCCCACCACUCCCUCAACAGUCACUUCAAGUGAAGCCACCUCUCCCUCGACAUCAAUCUUCACUUCAAGUGGUGCCACCACUCACUCAACAGUAACUUCAAGUGAUGCCACCGCUACUGCAUCAACAUCAGCAGUCUCUUCAAGUGAUGCCACCACUCCCUCAACAGUCACUUCAAUAGCUUCAAGUGAUGCCACCGCUACUACAUCAACAUCAGCAGUCACUUCAAGUGAUGCCACCACUCCCUCGACUCCCUCAACAGUCACUCCAAGUGAUGCCACUUCUUCCUCAACUACAUCAACUUUAACUUCAAGUGAUACCACCACUACUACACCGACAGUAACAUUAACUGUGGACAGAAUUCCCUCAACUACGUCGACAGUCAGGUCAAGUGAUGCCACCACUGCCUCAACAGUCACUUCAAGUGAUGCCACCUCUCCCUCGACAUCAAUCUUCACUUCAAGUGAUGCCACCUCUCACUCAACUACAUCGAUAGUCACUUCAGACGAUACUACAUCAACAACCACUUCAACUGUUGCCACCACUGCCUCAACAGUCACUUCAAGUGAUGUAACCACUCCCUCAACAGUCACUCCAUGUGAUGCCACCAAUCCCUCAACUGCAUCGACAUCAACUUCAAGAGAUGCCACCACUACUACAUCGACAUCAACAGUCUCUUCAAGUGAUGCCACCGCUACUAUAUCAACAUCAGCAGUCUCUUCAAGUUAUGCCACCAGUCCCUCAACUGCAUCGACAUCAACUUCAAAUGAUGCCACCACUCCCUCAUCUACAUCAAUAGUCACUUCAAGCGAUAUCACUGUUCCUUCAACAUUUACUUCAAGUGGUGCCACCGCUACUACAUCAGCAUUCAGUUCAAGUGAUGCCAUCUCUGCCUCGACAUCAACAGUCACUUUAAGUGAUGGCACCACUCCCUCAACAGUCUCUUCAAGUGAUGCCACCGCUACUACAUCAACAUCAGCAUGGUGCCAAAGCUACUACAUCAACCUCAGCAUUCACUUCAAGUGA